GAUCUCAGGUCAAAAAUGAGGAAGAUUGAAGAAGUUAUUAGUUUAUACAGAAAAUAUGGCUGUCUAGCUGAACCAUUAAAGGGAUAUAUCUCGAAUCAAUCUAAGGGAGAUAAUCUUACUUUGAAAACUCAUUGGAAACAGACUGAUUUAGAAAGAAUAGAAAAUAUUAAAUUUAGCAAAAAUUAUAUUGUUAGAAAUGGUCGACCAUAUCAGUAUGAAGUUCAGUCUACAAAUAUUGUUACAGAAAACAAUGAACUUUGGAAUAAAGAAUCCCCGUCAGGAAGGUUGAAUGUCAUUAUCAGAAAUAUCACAACAAAGAAAGAAGAAGAAAAACAAUAUAUUGAAAUUUGGGAUGAUAGACAGAAAAUAAAGAAUUACAACAUUACUAGUCUAGAAAAACAUGGGAAAAUAUGUGAUCCAGAUGGACAGUUUGGAUCUGUAUGUUGGUCAGCAAGUGAGAAAAAUUUACUGUACAUUGCUGAGAAAAAGAAAUUGAAAACUGUUUCAUAUUUUGAUUCAAAACCAAACAAGGAUGAUAAGAAUGAAGAAGAAAAACCUGUCAAAGGACAAGAACAUGAUUACAUAGAAGACUGGGGUGAACAAUUGGUGGGUAAAACAUGUCCCGUUGUUUGUAUCUUAGACAUAGAUAAUGGUGAUGUAAAAGUUCUGGAUAACAUACUGGACAAUCAUUCUCUGGGACAGGCAGUAUGGGCACCAUCAGACUCGGGAGUGGUUUUCACUGGAUGGAAGAAUGGUCCAUACAGAUUAGGUCUAAUAUAUUGUCCAAUCAGAGAGAGUGCAAUCUACUAUUGGGAUACUGUAUCCAACAAAUGUGAAAGACUGAGUGAUGAUACCAGAUGCAGUGCACUGCCUAGAUUUAGUCCAGAUGGAUCAAAAUUAAUAUAUUUUGAUAAUGAUAUAGGAGGUCCACAUUACCAGUGUGCUAGACUGCUCAUGUGUGAUUGGCCAUCCAGACAGACAUCAGUGAUAGUGGAUAUAGUUAAAGAACCUACAGUUAAAAGCUUUCCAGGUUUCUAUGUAGCAUCAUUACCCACAAAGUGUUGGUCAGCUGACAACAGGAGGAUAAUUUUAUCAAGUUUUUGGAGAAGUUCUGUGGCUUUAGUAGUUGUUGAUGUAAAAGACAAAACUGUCACAAGGUUGAAAACAAAUGUAAAAGGUGAUGCAGUAUUGAUGGAUGUUUUAAUGGACAAACUUCUUGUAAAAUGUAGUGCCUUAAAUCAACCACCUUAUUUGGCUAUAAGUUCCUUGCCAGCUGCUGGACAGGAAGGGGAGAUUACUGUAUGUCCACUUGAUGAACCUAUACCUGUUCCUGGAAUAUCAUGGGAAGUUCAAACAUUCUCUCCAACAGACAGACCCCAUUCUAAAUUUGGAGCAUUGAACUAUGAAACAAUUCUAGUGAUGCCAGAAGUCUUGGAUGUUAAACCACCACUUAUUGUGUUCCCACAUGGAGGACCUCAUUCUGUCUUUACAGAAGGAUAUAUGUUAUACACUUCCUGUCUCAUUGCCAGUGGAUUUGCAGUUUUGUACAUAAACUACAGAGGCUCCUUAGGAUUUGGUGACAAUAAUUUAAGAUCAUUGCCAGGGAAUGUUGGUGACCAGGAUGUUAAAGAUUGUCAGGCAGCAGCAGAAGAAGUUGUUAGUUCUGGCAAAGUAAAUGGUGACAAGGUUGUAGUGUUUGGUGGCUCUCAUGGAGGAUUUCUUACAGCACAUUUGAUUGGUCAAUAUCCAAAAUUUUACAAAGCAGCCUGUUGUCGAAAUCCAGUGAUUAACUUAUCAACUAUGGUAGGAUCAACAGAUAUCCCUGAUUGGUCGUUCUAUGAAAGUGGACAUCCGUUUGACCACAAGGCAGCAUUAAAUGAGAAUAUAUUAACAGAUAUGUGGAGGAAGUCCCCUAUUAGAUAUAUUGAUCAGGUGGAAGCUCCUUGUCUAAUUAUGUUAGGUGCUGAUGAUUUAAGGGUACCAGUCAAACAGGGCAGAGAAUUUUAUAGAGGAUUGAAAGCAAGAAAUAAAUUAACAAGAUUGAUAUCUUAUGAAGGAAACAGUCAUCCCAUUAUAAAGACAGAUAGUCAGGCUGAUGCCUUCAUUAACAUGGUAGAAUGGUUCAAGAAAUAUCUGCAAUAAAGUGAACAGUUGUGUUUAAAUGACUUGAUACAAACUAUAACAUUUACCUUACAUUGUAAUGGUGCUUGCAGUCCUAGUUAUUAAGCAAGAGAAGUUAACAAAUUUGAUGUCAUACGGAUAAUGUGUGUUUCAUAAACAAUAUCAAGUUUAAACAUUUAUUCAGAUGUGAUGUUUUAAACAGACUACAGAUUUAAAUAUACUCAUAUAUUAAGACAAUUUAAAUUUAGAGUGAUUUUGAUCAAAUAAUUUACUGCUCAAAGUUCAGUAUCAGUUGAUAUUAUGUGAAUUAUAACUGAUAAUUGAUUUUAUGUAAAUUAUAAUUUAUAAUUGAUAAUUGAUGAAGGAAUACUACAAAAGAUAGAAUUAAAAUAAAAUGAUGCAUUUAUUAA